GACCCGGUUGUCGACAAGCGAGCAUCUCAUAUCUGCCCAGCAGCAGCCGACGGCGACUCGGGACCAUGGAGUGCGCGAACAGCCCCACUGCGCCGCUGUUAGCGCUGAAGAGCGACCUCUUCUGCGACUACGACGCCUCGGCGCUGCCGCAAGGCCACGACGCCAACGGCACGGCGGUGUUCGUGCGGCUGGUCCUCCAGUUCCUGCAGUUCUGGGAAUCUGAAGACACGUUACGCCUUCACGUAUGGAUGGAUUUCGACUGGACGGACGCCAGGCUGUCCUGGGACCCCGCCUCGCACUCCGGGCUGACCAGCCUGACGGUCGACAAGCACUUGCUGUGGUUCCCAGACAUCAUGCUGUACAGCUCGUCACGCACGGAGCACUCGCAGCCCGUGCCUCGCAACCUCAGCUGCACCGUGAGGCACGGCGGCAACGUGUCGUGCACCGCGCAGACCGUGAUCUCGGGCAAGUGCCGGGCUGACGUGCGGCGCUGGCCCUUCGAUGCUCAUCGCUGCAGCCUGAGCGUGGGCUCCCAGGCGCACUCGCACAGCGAGAUACAGUUGCAGCUGCCCCACGAGCCGAUACUGCUGUACCGCUUCCAGCAGAGCCGGCAGUGGCACCUGGUGAAGAUAAACGCCCGCAGGCCGUCGCAGGGCGCGGAGUACUCCUGGCUGGAGUACGACGUCCACCUCGAGCGGCACGCCCAGGGCUACUUCACGGUGGUGGUCGUGCCUGCCCUAGCUCUUGCCGCAAUGACGCUGUUAACUUUGUGGGUGGAGCCCGAAUGUUCGGAGCGCAUCAUCAUGAGUGGUUUGAACAUUGCUGGCCAUGUGUUGUUCAUGCAAUACGCCAUGCACCUGGUGCCGUCUAACGCCGAUCAACCGCCACUGGUCUUUCGGUUCUACCUCGAUUCCCUCGUGCUGGCCAUUCUGACGACGGUGACCUCAGUGGUAACAUAUGCACUGACGACGAGGAAAAGUGCUCUGCCAACGUACUUGGCACGGUGCACACAAAGCUUCGCAGGCAACAUUGUUGGAAAGUUUAUUUUACCUGAAGAAUUCAAAUCAAAGGAAGAUGGUGCUGAAGAAGAGAUAGAUGAAGAGCAAACCCGCAGUAAAAGCAAUACACCAAUAGAAUGGCGAAUGUUGGCAACUAUGGUGGACCGUAUGGUGUUCGCCAUGUACGUUUUUAUAAUUGUUAUUCUUAUGCACAGAUUUAUUGUGUAACUUGAUGUGUACAAGUAAGCAAAGUAUCACAGGGUGUCCCGCAACACUCAAAAAACAGAAUUCCCUUACUUAUUCAGAUCUUUUAUGAUUUUUCACUCUCUCCUUAUGUAGUAAUAAAGUAAGACACAAUGCACCCAGAGAAGGAUGUUUUAACAGAGAUGCUGGAAAAAAAAGACUUCCCUUGUAUUUACAUAAUUCUAUUGAAGACAAAUAUGUAGUGCGCACCAUAGUGAAUGGUGAUCAUUACCUUGAAAAUGUUAGAUUUUCACUUCCCAAAUUAUAGAUGCAACAUGCAAUGUGGGUAAAUACAGUAAUAUUUUAUGUGUACAAUAUAUUAACGAAUCUAAAUUUUUGCACAACAUAUAAAACUACCAUAGUCACAACAAAUAAAACUACCAUAGUCACAUCAAAUUUAAGGAUUCUUGAAUGUGUGACCGAACUGUUAACAUUUUAACAUCAAAAUGCCUGGAAGCCCGGUCCCAAUCCUGUCAAAUCUGCCACCCCCCGCAGGUGGAACGCACUCGCUCUCCACCCAAACCAGUAAAUUCCCUCCCCCCUUUUGUGUUGAUUAAUUGUUUGCCAGUGUUCUGCGAGAGUAUCAAGUGUCAUAAUCCCUUAGGAUUUGUGAACAUCCAGUGUAGUUAUAUGUGAAUGCAACAAUUCCCACAAUGAGAUAAACUUAUUCAAGUCAUUGAUAAAAACAGAAAUUAAGUUCCUUGGUCAAAAUGGAAAAUUCACUAUGUUUUAUUUCAAGUCAAGUGUGCCAGUUAAUAAUGGUAGUAGUAACGUUAACUUUUUUCAACCAUUUUCUGGAACAAUUUGGCACGAGAGAGACAUCCCGACACCUGGAGUAUGAGUACAACCACGACCUGGCGACCAUAACCACAAUAUUCAGAUGUGCAUUAUGAUGGGCCUUAAACUUUUUAACUACUCCCACGUGACCCUGGGUCAUGUACAGCAAGGCUUAACCCGGCCACUUUAACUUUGCCAAGAGGCCACACCGUGAAGUAUUAAUUUACUGUACUGGCUGCCUCCAGUCAAAACCACAACAAAGAGACUGCAGCUAGGGAUUUUGUUUUUAAUAGUAAUUUGCAACAGCUUGGAUUAAGCGCUUUACGUGUUCACACCAAACUACUGUAUGUUUGUGCCUGAACAAUAAUGAUUAAAGUGUCUUGCAAACUAUCUUGUCAUUGAUGGUUUUGCAUGCAUAUUCAUGAAAGAAUCAACCUACUUUAUUGAUAAGGAAACUGUGAAUCAGUAUAGCAGGCCGCUUUUACCAUAGUAGAUUCUUCACCCUACAACACUGGGGCCAAUGAUGCAUGUCAACAUUAAAUUAGCCACUACCAGAUAGCCUGAUGCCACACAGACAUUUCCAAUUUGAAGUCAAAUCCAGUAAAAAACACUGCCCACCCCCAGCAUCAAGCAUAUUACCUCAGGUGAUAAUAGUAUUAAUUUGCCAAGAAACUAUGAAAAAAGUUGUUUUUUUGUACAUCACACUUGAACACCAUCACAGAUGAAAUUGAGCCUCUCACUUGCCAAAAAAUAAAUCUAUGAUCAAACACACUUGACUAGACGUCUGCAACAAAGACUGAACUCUAAUACUAUAUGCAUGAGCCAUAAAUGGAUUGUUAGCAACACAGAAUACGGCUGUGUCUAUAAUCAUUUAAAUUCCCUGAUACUUCAUUUUUCCAGAAUUCAAUUAUUGCCUGAAUAUUCCAAGUUUCCUUGUUUUCCCAAGUGAUUCUUUGAUUCUAAUGAUUCAUUAUGUGUUUUAUCAACUGUAAUGAGAAUCGAGCGGCCUCUUUUAUGACAAUCGCUUUGAUGUCGAGUGAAAUGUGGAAACACGGGAUUUAUUUUCAUGUGGACCUGUAAGAUAUUAAGUUUUUUAUUCUUUCAACAAUUAAUAGGGCACAACACAGUGUUAAAAUAAAGCAUUAGUACUAAAUAUUUUGAAGUUAUUUAUUUAAUUUACAAUCUUAUCAAAAAAUAACUUAGGUAAUUUCCUCAGCAGUCAAACGACACAAAAUCUCGUAAGCCAACGAUCCAGAUUCAGGUUUUAGAACUGCAGUAAGAAACAACAGUGUCCGAAUCUAUGAAAUGUCAAUAAUUUGAUAUCUGAAGUUUUAACUUUUUCCAAUACAUAUGACUCACAGUUUGCUGUUGUCAUAUCACUCACCAACCACAAAGUUGACCCAAAUCUAUUUCUCAGCAAUGAGAAACUGAAAUAUUUAAUUUCUAAGGUAGAAUUGUGAUGGAAGCAUCAUUCAGCUGGAGAGUUUUUCAGGGCUUCACUAUCAAAUGCAUUCUCUCACUGCUCUGUUCCCAAUCGCCUUACCGCCUAUUUGCACAGUGUUCAGCCCAGGCAACACCGGGUACUGCAGCGUGCGUGUGCAUGUCUAUAUAUAACAAAAUUGGUUAAAAUAUUUUGAAGCUGCUUGGAUAUUGUACUUCAUUUAAAGUUAUUAGAAUGACAGCAAUAUGGCACAGGUGGUGUCCUUCUCUGUAACUACCUGUCCUUUUUUAAUACAGCAUCGUGGAAGAAGUCCCACACCCUAUUAAUGAGUAUUUUACUUGUUCUUUAAAAAGCUUUCUGUUUGAGAAGAAUAUUUCCUUUAAGUGUUGAGGAAGCUCAUGUAGCUUUCUUUUUCUGCUGAGUAAGGCCAUUUUGUCAUUAAAUUUACCAGUUGCAUAAGUAAAUGUUUUUUGUCUUGUAUAAUGCUCAUGAAUUUUAUAUGUACUAAUAUGUACUGAGUAGCACAGUGAUAAAAUAGUAUAUUAAACAUAGUGCUCUGAUGAA